CUUUUGGGCCUACGAUUGUCGCAGCUUUAAAAAUUUUGAAAAUACCUUUGUGGUCUCCGUCACUUCCUUGUCUCUCUCUUUCAGUUUUUUCUCAACGCGUCUUUUUUUUUCUUUUUUUCUCUAUAUAUAUCUAUCUCCUUUUAUCCAUUUUUUUAAUCAUCGUUUUAAAGAACAAUGGCUGAAAGUAUUUUAGACUUUAGCAAAGAACUGGACGUGGCUUUAUUAGAUCAAGUUGUUCUCACUUUUUUUACUGGUUCUGGCAAUGAUCAACAAAUCGCUCAACAACUUUUAACUCAAUUCCAAGAUCACGAAGAAGCUUGGACUAAAGUGGACGGCAUUCUCGAACGUUCUACUGUACCUCAAACCAAGUUUAUCGCUUUACAAAUUCUAGAAAAGUUUAUUCAAACUAGAUGGAAUACUUUGGUGGCAGAAAGUCGUGAUGCUAUUCGUUAUUUCAUUGUCAAUGUGAUUGUCAAAGUUACCUCAGACGAAACUAAUUUGGCAAAGGAACGUGCUUAUGUUAGCAAGUUGAACAUGGUGUUAGUUCAGAUUUUAAAACAAGAAUGGCCACGUAACUGGCCUACGUUUAUUCCUGAAAUCGUUACUUCUAGCAAAUCCAACUUAUCAUUAUGUGAAAACAAUAUGGCUAUUUUGAAAUUGUUAAGUGAAGAAAUCUUCGAUUACUCAGCAGAACAAAUGACCCAACUCAAAACUCAUAAUCUUCGAAAUCAAAUGUCAGCCGAAAUAUUUGAAAUUUACCAACUCUGUAAAGAAGUCCUGGAUCGUGCCACAAAACCAAGUUUGAUCAAGGCUACUUUGGAAACUUUACUUCGAUUUUUGAAUUGGAUUCCAUACGGUUAUGUUUUUGAAACUGAUAUGAUCGAUACUCUCCGAACUAGAUUCUUUGAAGCACCUCAAUUCCGAAAUGUCACUCUCAAAUGCUUGACUGAAAUUGGAAGUAUCAAAGCCGAACCCAAGUACAAUGAAAAGAUCUGUUUCUUAUUCACAAGCGUCCUUACAUCUGUCAAUACAAUGAUUCCUCCAAGUACAGAUAUCGCCAACGUAUAUGAAAAUAGUAGUGAUGAUGAUCAAGAAUUUGUUCAAAAUUUAGCUCUUUUCCUUACUAGUUUUCUCAGCACUCAUCUCAAGGUUAUUGAACAAGUACCUGACAGUCAUAGCUUAUUGAUGAAUGCUCAUUAUUAUCUUAUCAAAAUCUCAAGAGUGGAUGAUCGUGAAGUAUUCAAGAUUUGUUUGGAAUAUUGGGCUCAAUUGGUUCAAGAACUCUUUGAAGAAAUUCAUCAAAUGCCUCAAAUGGAUAUGCCUCUAUUGGAUCUAUCUGGAAAUCAAGGUUAUCGUCCUCGAAAAGCUCUAUAUACUGAUAUCCUUUCCAACUUGCGUACAGUAAUGAUUGAACGUAUGGUGAAACCUGAAGAAGUAUUGGUGGUUGAAAAUGAUGAAGGUGAAAUUGUCCGUGAAUCUCUGAAAGAAAGUGAUACCAUUGUGUUAUACAAGAGUAUGAAAGAAGUCCUAGUUUAUUUGACCAACUUGGAUGUAGCUGAUACUGAAGAAAUUAUGACCAAUAAAUUGCAACGACAGAUGGAUGGUACGGAAUGGUCAUGGCAAAAUUUGAACAAACUUUGUUGGGCUAUUGGUUCUAUCUCUGGUGCUAUGAAUGAAGAUACAGAAAAACGAUUCUUGGUGACCGUGAUCAAGGAACUUCUUAGUCUUUGUGAAAUGAAACGUGGCAAGGACAACAAGGCUGUAGUAGCUUCCAAUAUCAUGUAUACUGUUGGGCAAUAUCCUCGAUUCUUGAAGGCUCAUUGGAAAUUCCUCAAGACAGUGGUCAACAAACUAUUCGAAUUCAUGCACGAAUCUCAUGAAGGUGUUCAAGAUAUGGCUUGUGAUACUUUUAUCAAAAUUUCCCAAAAAUGUAUGCGCUAUUUUGUUGAACAACAAGCUGGUGAAAGACAACCUUUCAUUGAUGAAAUUUUGGCAACUAUUGAUCAUAUCACUUCCGAUUUGUCCCCUAGUCAGAUCCAUACCUUUUAUGAAGCUGUUGGUUAUAUGAUUUCUGCCCAAAGUAAGAAACCAAUUCAAGAACGAUUGAUUGUCAAGUUUAUGGAAAUGCCCAACAUGGCGUGGAACGGUAUUAUGGAACAAGCCAAACAAAAUGUGGAUGUUUUGAACAACCCCAAUGAUAUCAAAGUGCUUCAAAAUGUAUUAAAGACGAAUGUAUCAGCUUGUAGUUCUGUUGGAUCUGCUUUUAUUGUACAACUUAGCAAACUCUACAAUGAUUUACUUGCUCUCUAUGGUAUUGUUGGAAAUAUGGUCUCUCAACAAGUAGCCUCACAAGGAGCCAUUGCCACCAAAACUCCUAAGAUUCGUGGUCUUCGUUUGGUCAAAAAAGAAAUCCUCAAAUUGGUUGAUACUUAUGUCGCUUGUGCCAAAGAUCUUACUGCUGUCAAUGAUAAUAUGGUUGGUCCUUUCUUUGAAGCCGUGUUGUCGGAUUAUAGACAAGGUGUGGAUAUUGCAAAGGAUGCUGAAGUUCUGAGUGUCAUUGCUACCAUGGUGGACAAACUAGGAAACUUAUUAACUCCUCGUGUGCCUGUUAUUUUGGAAGCAACAUUUGAACCUACUUUGAAUAUGAUUACCAAGGAUUUCUCUGAAUUCCCUGAACAUCGUACUGGAUUUUACAAUAUGCUUCGGGCCAUUAACCAACAUUGUUUCCAAGCACUUCUUGAUCUUGCCCCUGCACAAUUCAAAUUGGUGAUUGACAGCGUGGUAUGGGGUUUUAAACAUACUAUGCGUGAUAUUGCUGAUACUGGUCUUCAAAUCUGUUUUGAACUUGUGGAAAAUGUUAGUCGUACGGAUCCUUCUAUUGCUGGUGGAUUCUAUCAAACAUACUAUCUCAGUAUUCUUCAAGAUAUCUUCUUUGUCUUGACAGAUCGUGAUCAUAAGAGUGGUUUCAAGGGACAAACUGAGGUACUAGCACAACUAUUCCAUUUAGUCACAAGUAAUCAAAUUCAAGUACCUUUAUUCAACCCAUCUCAAGUAUCCGAUCCCAACAUGACCAAUGCUCAAUUCUUAGAAGGAUAUGUCACGGCUUUGUUACAAAAUGCAUUCCCACAUUUGCAAAGUGGUCAAAUCAAGUUAUUCGUGAUGGCGAUGUUUGAAUACAACAGUUCUCCAGCACAAUUCAAACUGGAAGUCCGUGAUUUCCUCAUCCAACUGAAGGAAUUUGCUGGUGAAAAUGCGGAACUAUACUUGGAAGAAAAGGAAGCUGAGAUGGAAAAGAAACGUAAGGAAGAACGUGAAAAGGCCCUCCGUAUUCCUGGUAUGGUCAAACCCUCUGAACUACCUGCUACCAUGGAUGAAGAUGAAGCUCUUUAGAUAUUAUUUCGCCUGGCUUUUUUUUUUUUAGUGUUUACUUUUGUUUUAUCAUCAUCAUCAUCAUUAUUUUUUAUUAUUAUCAUAGUCAUCAUCCCCCCUUACUCCUUCUAUAGUAAUUCAUUACCAGUUUGCUAGGUUUUCCUUCUUUUUUUUUUAUAUAUUAUAUAUAUUUCUAUCACCUUUUUUUUUUUUUAUAUAUAUACACAAAUCAAAAUCAAGAAUAAAGUAAACGUUUA